AUGUCGAGCGAAGGAGAAGGCGAUAUGGUGCUCUCCAGACUGCCGGAAACUGUUGAUCCUAUGAUCCUCGGAGGAACAUCAAUGGUCGAAGACGGUGGCUACUCACUCGGAGACGAUGCCUUGGCUUGUUUGAAAGACUUGAAGAGAUGGCUGAAGUUAUACGAUCAAAAGAUGAAUCGGUUCGAUGUCGCCCGAUGUAUGGCUGAAGCAAACCUAGUGAAAGGCGACCUACUCGAGAUCCUGAGCGGAUGGGAGAAAGACGAAAUUGAGAACCGAAUCAAGCAGCGAUUGGCACUCGGUUGCGUCGAGUUACUGGUGCCGUUAACAUGGCCAUUCGAGAGGUACAACAGCCAAACCACUGUCAAUCACCACCGACACAUUCCCGUUCUACAGUUUGCGCAGGCGGGAUACAAAAAGGCUAUCUUACAACACCCAUCCAAGAGGAUCCUAUCAAAUAUCGUCCGUGUGGCGCUGCCUUCCAUCGCGGUGCCACCGAAUGAACGGACAGAGAGGGACGAAGGAAUAAUUAAGCUUGUCCUUUAUUUUUUCCGGAACCUGGUUAUGAUUGAACACCCGAUGAUUACGGAGACGGACACAGGGGAGGAAAUAUCCCGGAGCGCAACCAUCGAAGCGCUGAAGGAGCAGAAUGUGCUGCAUCUUCUAUUGGCAAUGUCCUCUGAAAUGGGGAAUGAAUUCAACACGCAGGAUGUAGUCGUUAUGGAGGUUAUAUACCACCUGGUUAAGAGUGUAGAUAUCGAAAAAAUGUUCUUGACGGACGAACAGGAGUCACAGAAGCAGGGUCAGGAUCUUACAGCGCUUCUAAAGCUCGAGGAUGAAAUGAAGAGAGCUAGUAUUCGGGGUGCAAGUACUCGUCAUAAUAGGUUUGGGACUACAGUAUGGAUAGAGAGAGGUGACAAGACACGAUCGUUUGUUUCUGGGCAGGGUGCUCUGCUGGGGAAGUCCACUGGUCUGGAUAAGAUGGAUGCGUCAAAGAAGUGGAAGAAGCCGGGCGGCGCAGAUACAAAGGGGAUAUCCCGUAAGACUGAACAUGACAUGUCACUCACUCUUGAACGGCGCGCCAAAGCAAAACUCCGUGAAUUCGUCGAGGGCUUCUUAGAUGCUGGCUUUAACCCCCUCUUCAGCCACCUCCGCCGUGCCAUUGAUCGGGAUGCCCAACGCCUUGUAGAAUCGAACCAGCAACAGUAUUUCUACCUAAUAGCUUGGUUUCUCAAAGCCGAGCGCACCCGUCGCAAAACGUUCGCAAACUCCGAAGACCCUGAAACUUCCGACAUUGAGAGCUUCAGUCUGGUGGCUUCGGUCCUAAACCAGGAAUCUUUAAUUACUUUAAAUCGCCGAAUGACAGACUGGUUCGACACAAAGCAGUGGACACCCUUACAAUCCGCCAUGCGCUGCUUCACACAGAUCUUAUUAACGGUUCAGGAUAUGGCUGUUUCGCCACUGGAAGACGACCAGGAUAUCGCGGAGAACAUCCAGAAUAGAUUAUUCUACGAGGAGGUGACCUUGGACCUCGUUGUCAUGAUCCUGCGAGCCUAUACUAGGCAACCGUUUGGCUGGUUGGAUGAUUGCACGGAGAUGGUACAUGUGCACCUUAGGAUGCUCGAGCGGUUUUCGAAGCAGCAUGAACACAUGUUCAUCCGCUCACGGAAACGUGCUAGAGCGCAACGCAAGAAGAAUCCUACCAGUGAGGAUGGAGACGGAGGUGUGCCCGAAGAAGGGGACGAAGAGAUGGCCGAACUGAGCAAAGCUACCAUGAAGGAACGGGCGUUCGACUACUCGCGGUUUGAGCAGAAGUUCUUGACACAAAGUUGUGUGAAUACGUUCCUGGCAUUUAUCGGGAACUACAAGGAGUUAAAUUAUAGUCAGAUGAAGAGGGCUAUUGUAUUCUUUCAUCGGGUGUUCGUCAAGAGGGAACAGGAGGUUUUACUGUUCAGGAUUGAUAUCGUUGAGCUAUUUAAUCGAAUUCUACAAGGCCCAGAUGGACUACCUAGUAGUCAUUCCGCGAGGAAAGAGGUGGAUCAAUUUUUCAAGCAUUACAUGCGAAAGCUGGUCAAGAUGCUGGAGAAGAGGCCGGAGCUGUAUGUUGAGCUUUUGUUUACAAAGAUCAACAGCACGAUGCAUUACUUGCAGUUUGGCUAUGAAAAGCAGAUUAAUGUUUCCAAACCAAGGGAAGCAGCGGAACUACGCAUCAAGCCGGGUCUCGAAUUCAACGAACAGGUCAGCGUUGCAGUGGGCGCGCUGUUAGAUGAGAACAAGGGCGAUGCAGUGGACUGGCUAAAAACUGUUCUCGCCGCCGCCAUCAGCGAGCGCAAAUCCUGGGAGGCAGGAGAAGAAGCAAGACUCGCACUAGGAGCUGAAGCCGCUGAUCCAGACUCAGAGACCAAUCCCCAAGCCCCCCCAAGCCCCCCUCCGUUUAUAAACAUAACGCCAGACAACGAAGUCCGCCAAACCGCGUUACUAAAAGACGGAAAACUCCGCCUCCUCCUAACAACCCUCAAAUUUGAAAAAAUUGACGCAGUCGACACUCUCAACACUCGCUGGAUCAUCCCCUCGCAGCUAACUUCUAUAGACCUGCAAACCUCCCUCGAACUCCUCAAGCUAAACACCGACAACCCCCCAAUCUUCCCAGAUGGCCAUCUCGCCGAAGACUUCAUCUCCCGAAAGCCCAAACCCCGCGUCCCUGCCUUCGAUUCCGACUCGGGCUCGGACCUAGAGCCCCUCUUCGAACCCGGCGGUCCAACACCCAUGCCCGGUGCUGAAAAGCCCAAAAAGAAGUCCGCCAGGAAGCGCCGUAGAAAAGACCCCAUGGAAUCCACAGAGCUGGGCUCCGACCUUGACGACGCUGCGAUCGAACGUGCCCUUGCGCGGAGGCAAAAAGAGAAGGAGAGAAUGGUCAUGAUAAAGAGUAGUCUGUUCGUGCACGAUAGCGAUGACGAGAGUGACGAAGAGAGGGAUAAGCUGUUUUACGAAAAGGAGAGGAUGCAGGCGGCCAUGGGACCUGUGGGGUUGGAUGGAAGUGCUGGGCCGCAGAUGGACUUUAUGGAGUACGGGUUUGGGGGGGUUGGCGAGGAUUGGGCAGGAAGCACCGGCGCGGGCGAGGGGAAUGGGAGGAAGAGGAAGAACGUGGCUGGUGGGCAGGCUAAGGCAAAAAAGAGGAGGGCUAUUGAAAGUGGAAGUGACGAUGAUAAUGGGAGUAGCGCAGAUGAAGAGAGCUCUGACGACGGUGAUGGCGAGGAGCGGCCCUUUGCAAAACCACCGACAAUGCCAGACGUCCGCACCCCGCCAGCAAGACCUAGGCGGAGAGGACCGGUAAUUGUAUCCAGCGAUGAGGAGUAA